AUGCGAAAGAUGAAAGAGGGAGAGACAGUCACGUCGUUCCUCAAGGCAUUGGAGGACAUGGUUCAUCUCGCAUAUCCGGAAGCGAAGUACAGCCUUGAAGCCCAACGACGCGCAGAGCAUCAGGAGAACGCUGCAUCUGCAUAAUACGGAAGAAAAGUCGUUGAAAGAGCUUGUAGCUCUCGCACAAAACGAAAAAGAGUUUGAGCAGAUGGAAGAGACGGAGAGACAACAAGCAGUCGUUUCUCAAAUUGCCAUCGGAAACCAGUCAGCACUGCUAGAGAAAGUCGACCAACUAACUCAACAAGUGCAUGCUCUGCAAAUGAAUUCACAACGACAGUGAAGCCCCCUUGCGAGGACAUUGUGCCCAAGCUCGAGGCGACGCCAUCCUUACAUCAAAUGCUUCGAAAUUCAACCAAGUCGGAUAUUUUGGAAUCAUGCGGUCAACGGCACAUGCUAUGAAGAUUUACCCAUGGAAGUCCAUCGGCAUCUGUUGUUUGCCAGCUCAAUUUUCAAAAAAACUUAAAAAAUCUUAACUCAUCUUAGCUCAUUUCAGCUCAUUUUGCAAGGAAACUUAAAUAAUCUUAACUCAUCUUAGCUCAUUUCAGCUCAUUUUUCAUUUUGGGAAAACAAGAGUUAAAACCAGAGAGCCGACAAAUUCCUUGCGAAUCGUUACCAGACCCCCAGAUUAGACGUCUAAAUGGAGAGUGGUUGUCUCGAUUUGGACCGGCUCAUGUAGCGAAACUUCGAAGAUUCUAUGCCUUCACUUUGGAGCAACAACCUUCGCAGUCAGUCGGAAGGAGCGGCGCUCCGUAUGAGGGGUAGGCUGGAGCCAAGGGUAAGUUUCCUAGGCCGUUGCUUAGGAUAAUCCCGCAAGUAGAUGGCCAAUAAAUUACAGUUAGUUAAUUUGACUCCAAAAAAGCUUAAACUUGUCAUGCUGAAAUCUCAUUUAAUUUCGGUUCGAAUGGUGUAUGUCUUGUCUAUUCACUCCGACAUCACUAAUUCACUUUUUUUUUUAAACUGGUGUCAAGUGCAAUAUCAAAGUGUUUCGCCCAGUGCGGGCGUAAUUUGACUCCAAAAAAGCUGAAACUUGCCAUGCUGAAAUCUCAUUCAAUUACGGUUCGAAUGGUCUUGUUGAUUGCUUUCGUGGUGCCCUAAAGGCAGACGAAUAAGGCUUGGUAGGACAGGUAGGCUAGCGGGUCCGGCAAGACUCGUUAGGUCGUAGCGACGCUUUUACAAAGGGAAUAAGGAAUCGUAAGUUUUUCCGCACAAAACGUUAUCCGAGAAAGCCAGUGACGCAAGGGCAGAAACAAAAAAUUUUUUGAUGCAGAAAGUGGAAGAUAUAAAGGCGUGGUAUCUACAGUAUGAAAAAGGAAUUCAACUCUUUCUGAUCCUGGUAGUGAUGCCGAGUUUAGUGGGGACUGUGGGCUUAAUCGUCUACUGGAAAGUCCGAAUAUUUUUACCACGUGGGAAUCAACGCCGUCCAGCUACCAAGUGCGCCAAGCGAAGAGAAGUUACCUCUUCGUCACAUACGUCGGUUCAUCCCCACCGGAGUUGGACGAUUGGGGAAAGGGACGAUUGGGGAAAAAGACGAUUGGGGAAAAAGACGAUUGGGGAAAAGUACGAUUGGGGAAACCGAAAAGUAUUAUUUUUCUUCCAUGCAAAUGUCGAAGUUAGGAUAAUCGAGGGUGCUCAUUUCGAAAAUGACAUUCAUUUUUUUGAUUCUUACUUUUUUCCUUAAGCAGUAGUGUUAAAAAGUAAUUUUUUGAAAUUUUUCAAAAAAUACUCGAUUUAGGGGUUUUCGAGGGUGCUGAUUUCGAAAAUCAUGUUCAUUUUUCCUCUAGUACUAUAUACAGGGUGUUUCAAGAAAUUUGGCAGAAACUAGUUGCGAAUAUUUUUGAGCUCUUGCUAGUUAUCGCAGAAAUUCAUUUUGUUUCUAAAACUUGACAGCGGGCGGUUUUGUACUGAACAAAAAAAAAUUUUUUCGUCGGCGGAGAGGCCAGUUCUCGGCGGAGGCAUUUGGGGCCUUUUUUAAAAAUCACACCUUAUUACAUCGUGGAAACUCUGUUACAGUGGCCAAAAUCAUGUUUACGUUAAACCUCCGUGGAUUUUGCGGUAUGCUUUUUUUUGUUUUCGAUUUUCGCUCAUCCGCGGAGGCACGGCGGAGACCUCAGGUUUCGGCGGGCGUCGUUUUGAGCCUUUGGAUCAUUCAAUUCAGGUUGGAAAAAAGUGUGGGGUGAUUUUUUGUUGUCACCCGAUGCACAGAUGCAAAAAUUUCGCACUUUUUUUCCCCGGCGGAGGAUUUGGCGGAGGCUUUACCAAAGGGUCAGAACAGUCUUAGGAGUCCGGGAAAAAACUCAGCUACAAGAAUCCAUCACAGCAACAUCAUUUUUCUUAUUUUUUGGUUCGGCGGACACAUCGGCGGAGGAUUCGGCGGAGGCUUUAUCAAAAGAGUCAAAGUUUUGUUUUGACCCUUUGAUAAAGCCUCCGCCGAAUCCUCCGCCGAGGGAAAAAAGUACAAAAUUUUUGCCAUCUGUGCAUCGGAUGACAACAAAAAAUCGCCCCAACCUUUUUUCCACCAUGGAUUUGCAAAAACCGAGGGCCCAAAACAAAGUCCGCCGAAAUCUGAGGUCUCCGCCGCGCCUCCGCGGAUGUUGCGUAAAAUCGAAAACGCAAAAAAAAACAUACCGUAAAAUCCACGGAGGUGUAACGUAAACAUAAUUUUGGCGGUUGUAACAGAGUUUCCACCAUACAAUAAGGUGUGAUUUUUAAAAAAGGCCCCAAAUGCCUCCGCCGAGAACUGGCCUCUCCGCCGAUUUUUGCUCAGUACAAAACCGCCCGAUAUCAAGUUUUAGAAUCAAAAAGAAUUUCUGCGAUAACUCCCAAGAGCUCAAAGAUAUUCGCAAUUAGUUUCUGUCAAAUUUCUUGAAACACCCUGUAGUUUGCCACUAUAGAUUGGGCAAAAUGUCGUGUGCACACAACCGCCAGGUAAGUUCCAUUUCAAAACUUCUUGUAUUCCCGCGUUCUAGGAAAAUUUACUAGACAAUACAAGAAGAGCCCAGUAGAUGAUGCUAAAAAAUAAGCCAAUUUAACACCUGGUACUAUUAAGUAAUGAAAUUAUUUUUUUGGUACCGCGAUGCUAGGAAGGCGUAGGUCUCGCCGGUAGAGCUAGCCGUAGCCUCAUGUUUUAUCAGUUCAUUGUCCCAUUACUAACCAGGCAGAGUCUCCGAAAGCAUUUUUGAAGUUAAAUUUCAGAAUACCUGGCAAAGCAGAUAUAGAAGGCUAGGGGAGUGGCAAAUCCAAAAACAUCGGACGGCAGGCACACUCGUGUAAAAACAGCAAGCACUUUUGCAAACUCUCAAAACGCGCGUUAAUUAUACAUGUAUUUUUACUCUUUUGGACCGAAAAAGGCUGAUCACGUUUAGCCAUAAUUCUUUAGUUAUUUUUAUACAUUUGUUCAUAUUUUUCGUGGGAGAGCGUGAGACGUCACGCAAUCCAUCCCGUUAGUAGGUUAUUGUUUAUCGUCAGUAAACCAGAAUUUUGCGAUGCGGUAAGAAACAGGUCUUCCGGCGCAGUCGGCAACCUCAUUUUUCGCAAUUUCCAUCGUGUCGAGUACAGUCGCAUACUUCAUCGCUGGUAUAGUGGAAAUCUAAGGUCAGUUUAAAACUUUAGUAACAUCAAAGUAGGUUUGUGAACGUGAUCCAAUUCCAAACCGGAAAGGUCCUUCGAUAAGUGACCCACUUUCGUGCAAUCAAUCAAAGGAAUUUGUAAUCCAGAUCACGGCCACAACCGAAAGAUAUUUGUACUAACUUAUAUUUUACAUAUUUUUCCACGGGGGAAUUUCCAGUUUAACUUACAAAGGUUUAACUUGUUAGAAUAAAUCCAGCCAGAUUUCGCCCAUUGUAUUUAUAUUUUAUUUAGCUUUACAACUUUUAAAGAGGGAUGAAAAAUGUUAAGUAAGACGACGAGGGCGUCGUGUCUUUUUGGUUGGGAGGAUGUUGCGGGCAGAUAUCAAUCAUCUCUUCCGCCGUCGGGAGAGAAAGAGAAUCGCGCCCUAGAUCUUCAGUCGGGGUUUGUUGUAGGCCUUGGGUGCGGACGCGCACCGUUGGAGUCUCCUCAAUAAAACUCUCGCAGUUAUAUACUUCAGUACUCCGCCUGAUGCUCUUUACUUGUAAAUUUCAUCUUGUCGACCCUGGCAAUAUCAAAAAAAAGAGAGCUUCAUUCAGAAAUGCCACGAGAAAAAACCCGGGAAAAGAUCAGAAGUUUUGUUUUACAAUCAACUUCCCUUGCUCUUUGAGAUGAAGAAUUCAUGUUUUCUGGAUUAUUAACAUUCAUAUUAGAAAUGUCGAAAUAAUAAAACUACAGACACUACGAUUUAUUGACAAAACAAGUUCAAUAUUUAUAUUGAAAGCCUCCAUCACUGUUAGUAUCUCAACUGUAGAAAAUGAAUUUCAUUGGACUCUUGAUAUGCCCCUACUUUUCGCCAUGGCCAUGAUGACUGAAAAGCUUUGUGUAUACUUAUCCGACUGCACGAUGUUUGCGCAAUGCGCUGAAGGUUGCAUUGAAUGCAGAUGCGAGUGUUUCCAAGAAAAGGUUUUGAAAAAUUAUUUAUUCGAAUGCGAGCUUCUAGUUCGCGCUUUGCAGAAACCGCCGAGAAAGAAGGGCCGGAAUAUCAAAAAAAAACCCUUCAAAUGCCGGCGAAUUUCCCCUGACUCCUCUGAUCUUGGCCUUCCGUUUCAGGGGAAAAUUUUAUUUUUUAUCGCCUGAAAUUUUUUCUUGAUAAUGUUCAAGACUAUUUUGUUGCUUUUAUGUGGAACUUUGUGCGUUUUUUCAUUUUUUUACAUUCUGGACAUAAUUCUUUUUUCUACUCUUGCGCCAGCAACGAUCGUUGAAUAUCCCGGGCCGGGCCGGGCCCGGCCCACUAGCCAUGUCUAAUCCCGGCUGCGCCAGCAAAGCGCGAGUUAAGACUUUCAAUAGUUGAUGCCCGGCGGUGUGCAAAUUUUAGAGGAAAUAUGAGCGUCGCACUUGCGGCGCUUCCCUUGUAAGCGAAACAUUGGAGAUGUCACACAUAUAACCUAAUUAAUAGCAACAUCGCGGUAUAAUAAAGACUGCGGAUUCUUAUGCCCUGUAUAUCACAGAAAUGCCGCGUGUUUACUAUCGCAAAAUGGGCUCUCAGCGAGUCAAGGCCAUUUAAAAUCAAGAUCAUACGCUUUCACGACUGCUCGUCAUUCAUGUAAAGGAUUACGGCGUUUGUUUCGUAACUCAUUUUAUUUGAUCGUGAGCCUCCUCAGAAGCUAUGGCUUUAUUGGCAUUGCGAGCUUUUAUCUGUUUGUAAAUCUCGCGGUAAAAAAGCUGGAUCAGAACGCCCAACAAUAAAGAUCGUGUCGAUAAGUCGCGCGAGUGAUUUUUGUGGCAACAAAAGAGAUUUCAGAUAUCAAUGCCAUAGUAGGAAAUUAUCAGAUUUUCUUGAACAUAAAGGUUGCUUUAUAUAGAAAUUGAUAUAGAGAUAGAAUUUAACUGUCGUUACUAUAAUUACCAUUAUAAUAUUCCAAUGAUAUAAGUUGCAAAUACUGUACUUUUCGUAUAUAUAUUGGCAUAUAUGUUUUUUUUUAAAUUUUUGACAUAUAUUAAUAUAUAAUACAUAACAUAAAUAUCCUAGUUGUGAUAUGUUUAUAUACUACAAUAUAUAAUAAUAAAUAAUACAAUAUAAUAAUCUAUCUGUAACAUGUAUUUGUAUAUAUAAUUUAUAAUUAUACUUGUGGUGAAUAUCCCAGGAUACACUCUCGAAGGUAAAAAUAGCAAAGAAACUUACAGGGGAAGUACUCCAAGUGCGACGCUCAGAUUUUGAUGAAACUUGGCACAAAAUGCGAGAAUCCUAGCUCGCGCUUUGCAGAAACAACCGAGAUUUUUAGAUCGAAAGUCGGCCAAAAUUUAAGACUUUGCCGAAUUUCGGCACGAAAAGUUUCAUGCGUAUUUCAACCGUAAAGGAUAAUGUUUCUACAAAAAAUCAAAAUUUUCCGCACGAAACUGCCAAAGUUAUGGCCAAAAAGAUGUUUUCUCUCUGACCGCUCUCCACGGUUAGCGUGCUCUCUCGGCGGCAAAAAUCGUUCCAUAUCUCGGCGGCGCCCGCAAAGCGCGAGCUAAAACUUUCAGGAAUUGAUAUUAGUCUAUUCCCGACGUGUGUGCAAAAUUUAAAGAAAAUCUGAGCGUCGCGCUUGGAGUACUUCCCCUGUUAGUGUCAAAUUUUUGCCAACUUUCGAUCUAAAAACCUCUGUUGUUUCUGCAAAGAGCAAGGUAGGAUUCUCGGAUAUGCAUAUUUUGAAAAAAUUGUUCUUAAUAUGUGCCAAGUUUCAUCAAAAACUGAGGGUCGCACUUGGGGGACUUCUUGUUUUAAAGGUUUGUUACCCGCUACAUUCGCGUUUUAGACUACAGCGACAUCUUUUAUCUUUGUCAGGAUAAAAGAUGUCGCUGCCUUUAGUUUAUUUACUGUUUCUUUUAUCGUUUACAAUGUAUAUUUUAACUUUUUUUGCGUUUUCUUACAGUAGACAUAGUUACUCCUACCAUAAUUAAUGGUCAUCCUACAGUUUUUUCUGUGUUUUUACCAAUUUUAUUUGUGAUUUUUUUAGAAUUUACUCGUCCUCUAAAGAUUUAUUCAAUUGGAAAAUAGGUUAGUUCAAAAAUAACAUAAAUCUUUUUUACGAUAAAGAGAGAUGCGCACCCCGAUUUCCAUCAGUUGGCUUGUAUUGUAGGCUCCACACACGGACGCGUGUGUGGUAGGUCUCCACAAUAAAGUAUUGGAUACAAACGCCUUCGGAAUGUACAAGGUUUUAAAACGACUGAGAACUAGGGUCAGUACCUGCCCACAGCAGAUGUGCCUACGGGGAAAGGCCACGACCAUCCUCUACAACUACCGACUGCGGCCGCUCGGCCUGGCGAAAGCCCAGGCUCUCCUCAUUCUAGUGCCAGCGCAUGAGUAUUGCCAAUACAGUAAUCGUGGUUUGGACGCAGAAAAAAAGCUUGACACUACCUAUCGGUUAGGGAAUGAUCGUAAAUGA